AUGACUUUGUCAGGCUCAUUUCCGGCAUUGGAGGACCUGCAUUUUCCAUCCGCACAGGUAUCCAUUUCACAGACCCUCUCUUCGCUGCGUCGAUCGGCUCUAUCCGUAUCCAACCGGCUUCAGUCCAUUGAGGCGGAUGCUGCCUUCGUGCAGGAGGUGGCUGAGCAAUAUGGCCUUCCGCUGAUUGCCAAUGAACGCUGUGGUAGUUGGUAUAUUUCCCCCGCCGCCAAGAAGGGUAGUGCCUACUUCAAGAGCACGGAUGGCCACACGGGGCAAUGGGAUUUUAGCUUUCGUAGGCUGAACCUGCAGCUCCUUCCGUUGGCGAACGAGCAUGGAGGGUUAGUUUCAUUUCCGUUUCUUGCCGGGCAUUCCUUGAUUGGUGCUUUUAUCCGAUGUGUAAUUGUGGAUUCUACACGCCGAGGAAAAUUGAUGCCCGAUGCCUUAUCCAAAACCAUACCCAUUUGGAGUGCAGUGCUGAACCGCGCCUUAUUCCCAACGGAAACCGCAUACCAUGGAGUCCAAUUACCACCCAACUACCUCGGUAAAUCCGAAGAAUCGCAAAUCGAAAACCGCAUUGAUGGUUUCGUCCAUUCUCUCAAGUCCCUCAAACUCGACCUAGAUCAGCUACGGCAGAAACUCGGAAAGCCUAUUCGGGUAGCGUGGGCUAAUCCGGAGUACUUCUAUCCGACAGAUCUGCAGAAAGACGAUGACUCGUGUUUGUUCGUCCUGUGCUCCGCCUCAAAGCGAGUUCAUGGCGCUGAAAUGUCCGAGGGUGGAUACAUCCAAGGUGCUGGUGAUGACAGCGAAGGCUGGGCGCAUGGGCUUACGCCUCCCGUGUUCUGGGCGAAUCAAGCUGCGUUGAAGCGCACCUCUGAGGAGGAUUUGCCCGAUCUGAUUGCGAAAUUGAUCGCCGAGUAUCAGCAACAGCGUGGUGAAGAGGAAGCCACGCUAAUCUCUCCCACGCGGAAUCUGUAUCUCAAUCCGAAAGUUCCCAGUGUGAAUGAUAGCAAGUAUGAUCUUGUUAUCGACUGCAAUGGUGAUCCGGCCGCCGUGCAGGACAAUCCGAAGCGUCUUAAUCUCGGUUGUGCGUCGGCCAAGCUAGGCAGUCGGGAUCUACGAAAGUCACUGGAUAAAGUGCGAGAUUUUGUUAAUUCUCAACUUGGGUCAGAUCCGUCGCAGUCAUUGCUGGUGACUUGUGAUACGGGGAAAGAUCUCUCGGCUGGAACAUUAUUGGCAAUUGUGUGCCAAUUUUACAAUGAUAACGGGGAAUUCGAUGCAUCGCUAAGCAAGCGUUCGAUUAGCAAGACGUUCAUCCGACAACGUCUCGCGUGGAUUGUGUCUUCGAAACAUGACGUGAAUCCGUCACGCUCGACAUUGCAGUCGGUGAAUGCCUUCUUGAUGCAACCUCCGGAUUAUUGA